AUGUUCAUCCCUGCCAAAGCAUUCAAAUCAAACACAAAGUACUUCUCCAUGAUUCCCGAAUCCAAACAGCCAGGAGAUCCAUGGCUCGAUGUUACUAUCCAAAUUCCAGUGUACAAAGAGUCGCUUCAAGAAGUUCUCAUGCCCACCUUGAAGAGCUGCAUGAAGGCACGCGAUCAUUACAUCUCUCAUACCCAGGCCAGUUGUAACAUUGUGGUCUGUGAUGACGGAAUCAUGAAUUAUUUAAAUGACAACUUUCCGGCUGCCGAAAUGCUCUGGGAAAAUGUGGUGGAAACCAAGGGCAAGGUGGUCCGUCUCAGUCAAAUCCUGAAGCGGAUCCCUCGGGUCGCUCGUCGCCAUCUCAAGGGACUCAGGAGCAAGAAUAUUUACGAAGUGUUUCACCGCAUGUUAUUUUACUACCAUUUUCAGAUUGGUUGGGUAUCCAGAUCCACUAUUGAUCGUCGAGGAAAGUUCAAAAAGGCAUCCAACUUGAACACACACUUGCGGCUUAGCUUUGGUGCCGAAGAUCUCUUGUCCCGGUCUGGUGGAAAAAGAACUUUUGAAGACUGCCUGUUGGAGGUUUCCCACAGUGACGAUGGAGCCAGGUACAUUAUGUUUGGAAACAAUGUGCGUAUUGGACAUUUGAUCUGUGUCAAUGAUGCCGAUACCCGCAUGCAACCUCCUGUCAUUCUCAAGACGGUCCCAGAGUUCAUCAAUGAUCAACGCCUGGGAUUUACCCAGCAUGCCACCAAGACAUUGAAUGAUCAACGUGGUGAAUCGUUCUACUUGAAUAUGAUUGAGGCCUACACUGAUGCUCUCUACCAAGGACACUUCCUUCUGUCUUGGAUAAUGCUUGAAGGAAGAAGAGGCAGAAGAACCAAGGAUACAGUGGCCUCUCCUCUAUUGACAUUAUCCGUCGCUUCCGUACCCUCCGAUGAGCCAUCAGUUGCAGAUCCGGAAGAGCGACCAUCAGCACAAAAGAACUACUGCAUCACUGGUGUGGCUCGUCGCACCGGACCCCUGAAUGAAGCCGUGGCAGCAGUUGCCAAUAUUUCCUCUCUCGAAUAUGCCAACGACCUCAUCCAAAUUGGGGCUGUCUGGGCACGCAUGGAAACUCUUAACGAAGAAGAUGUCCUGAAUCAAUACUAUGACGAUAAUUUUGAGUCCAAUGCGAGAGCUUUGUAUGCCGACUUGAACAAUCGCAAACAGGGCACCUAUGAGGACAAAUAUGGCAACCUACGACAAGACGACGAAGUGGAUUUGGAUACUUACAUUGAACAAAUGCAACAACUGCGCUUUCGAAGAGUCUUGACACCAGUGAUCAUUGAAGCUGGCACCGAUCUACGAAUAUACCCCAAUCCACGACGAUUUCCGGCCUGCAAAGAAUUUCAACCGGAACAAGGACGAAAAAGUCUCCUCUUGUAUGAAGAUACCACCUUUCUCGUGGUGGAUAAACCACCCAUGUUGCCGACGCAACCGGAUGCGUCCAAUUAUUUUGAUAAUUGUCCGGGGUGUACACAAACCUAUUUGGGACCCUUUCAAGAUAUUCAAGGAAACACUAUUGCACGGCCACUACUCUGUCAUCGCGUAGAUUCCUGUGUGGGUGGCUGUGUUGUCAUGAGUAAAGAUGCCAAUGGGCAAAAAGUCUUUCAGGAAUUUCAGCGAGAUCGCAAACUGCGCAAAAUGUACUUGGCAGUGACCAAAACACCGGUUCCCUUGGGCAUGCAUUUGCAUUGGAUGUGGUCACCUCAAACACAACGAGGCAAACGAGGAGGACCUCCUUGUCAGUUGGUCAGUCAUACCCCACCGGAAAGUCGACGCAAAGCACGACAAUUUUGGACCCGAUGCGUCUUGGAAGUCACCAAGAGCGAAAAGAUUCGUAUCGAUGACACUAUCUACUAUCAAAAUACCAUUCGGUUAGUGACGGGACGCAAGCAUCAAGUACGUGCUCAAUUGGCCAGUUUGGAUUGUCCGAUCCUGGGUGAUACCCUGUACGAACCCAUGUCGGGAUUGACACUCGACAAAUUGGAAGACUCGGAAGUGGACAUGGACGACGCGGUGUCGCGUUGUCGCGUUCCCACCGAACCGAUUGGAUUGCAAGCCUCGGCGAUUUUGUUUGCGGGAAUUCGAGUCAAGGCGCGGACACCUUGGUGGGGAGAUGAUAUUAUUGUAGAUGAGGACUAA